UUUUUGCUCUAAUUCUUGUUUCCUAAUAAGCCAAGUGUGUCUGAAAAGCCCACAUCUCUAAAACACAUACAAAAACAACCAUUUUUGCAGCUUUCCUCCUGGCAUCUUUCUUGCUUUGUGGACAUGUGCAAGAAUUUCUCCCUUUUUUCUUUUUAAUAUUUCUUCAUAUAAAUGUUGAUUUAGUAGGAAAAUUAAUGUUUAUGUAUUAGUGUAGUAGAUUUUAGUCUUCUCCAAUAAUUCUCACAUAUAGAUAUAAACAGUGCUUGAAGACUAUUUUGUUGUGUUAUUGCAUAUACAUCACUCUCUCUAUCUUGUUCAUUUAUACUUGAUAGCUUUUUCAAGGCCAACCCCACAGCCCACACCCCUACUCUAGAGCUAUAACUCCUACUGCUAUUCUUCUCUACCCUCUCUCCUUCACAUACACACUAUUUGUGCCUAGCUUUUGCUCAUAGAUUCAUUUAUCUAUAAUGGAGUCGUUGUCAGAGAAUGAAUGGCUGGGAAGACUAAGUCAAUCUUCGCCAUUUGCACUUGUCUGUAAGUCUUUGUUUAUUACUUUUCCUUCUCUCCUUUUCUCUUGCUUCCUAUUUCACUUGGUUUCCUAUUUCAAGUAUUAGCACACUCUUUGUUUGAUUUCUGAGGUACAAUCUCAACUCUCUCUCUCUGGGUCCCUUUACAGUUUACUCUCAUUUCCUAACCCUCAUCAAGAAUCCUUGAAUGAACUAUUAUAUAGUUAAUAGUUGCAUCAAAUUACUGCUAAACCUAUAUAUGUGCUAUGCUAAUUGAGCGAAUAGAGUAUCUAGAAUUUUGGUUGAAGAGAGCAAAGGUGGUUUUGAUUUUCAACCAAGUUGUUUAAGUAGAUUAGUCUGUUUUUGUUUUGUAUACUUGGUUGGGAGACAAAAGGAGAAGUAGAGUGAUUGAAGAAGAGUAAAAGAGGUGGUUGAGAUCGAUGGAAUCAUCAUCCUCAUCGAAAAGGGCCAAGGCCCCUGCAAAUGUUGCUCAAGUUGCUCAUUGCUUGGUGGACGGAUGCAGCGCUGAUUUAAGCGUGUGCAGAGACUAUCACAGGCGGCACAAGGUCUGUGAAGCUCACUCCAAGACCCCUAAGGUCACGAUUGGGGGUCGAGAGCAGCGCUUUUGCCAGCAAUGCAGCAGGUUCCACUCCCUGGUGGAGUUUGACGAGGGAAAACGAAGCUGUAGGAAACGGCUUGAUGGGCACAACAGGAGGCGGAGGAAGGCCCAAGCGCGCAGCGUCACUGGAGUGGAGGAAAGGCUCGUGUCAUUCAGCAGCAGCGCGCCACAGAUAGUAGUUGGUGGUGGUGUGGUGGGAUACCCUUGGUCCGGGGUGGUUGUGAAAGACGAGAAUGAAAUAGGCGUGUUGCAGCAGCAGCAGCAGCUCAACUACAUGGACUCAGCAGCAUCAGCAGCUCAUCAUCAUCAUCAUCAACAUCAACUCAGCAGCUCCUCGGCCUUUGUUGAUCCAAAUGUGAUGAUGGAAUGUGAUGGUGCUCUCUCUCUUCUGUCAUCGCCCCCUCCCGCCAUCAUCGACUAUCAUCAAACUACUUCUCCCACCUUGCAUUUUCCUCACCAAAAUGUUGGAUCAUCCCAUCAAACUCUCUCUUUCAUGUGGGACUAGGACUACCUGCCCUGCCCUGCCCUGCCUUCAAGUUUCAUGUGUGCUCAACUUUUAAGCUUCAAGAAUCACUGUAUUUGGACAGGAUCAAUGAUUCUACACUGUUCUUGGCUGCACCUCUAAAUCAGAGAAUAGCUCUCUUAUUGGGGGUGGGGAAACAAAUAAGACAAUAGUAUAAUCUUGAUUUUA